AUGGCUGGUGUUGAUACUGAUCCAGAUCAGACAUUCGAAAUUGUAGAGCGAGAUGCAGUGCCCGCGCCUGCACCACAGCCAAACGACUCACACGAACAACGGAUCCGCAGCCUAGAGAAAUGGCUCCAACCAACCGACUUUCUCUCUCCAGGGAGUGAGUUCAUGAAACAUUUACACUCAUAUGUACCUGGAACUGGCGGAUGGAUCCACAAGUCGCCUGUCUUUCGCACUUGGACCAAUGUCGACGCCAGCUCUGACCAAGAUCAUGUUGGUGGCUCGUGUCUCCAUGUCCGGGGAGUUGCUGGCAGCGGAAAGUCUGUCUUUGCAGCUAGUACAGUGCGCCAAUUGCAAGAAUCCGGCAACAUUGUUCUCUUCUUCUUCUUUCGCCAGAUUGUCGACAAGAAUCACAGCGCCAACUAUCUCGUGCGCGACUUUACUGCGCAACUGCUUCCUCAUUGCCCUGCUUUGGUAACCACUUUGACGGCUAUAUCUCAGGAUCAUGCCAUCAGCCGCAAUGAAAACAGCUUGGUAUGGCCUGCUCUCGUUGAAGCUCUUACCAAGAGCAUCUCAAAGAAUGUGUACUGCGUUGUAGACGCUCUAGAUGAGAUGGAUGAUGGUGACUUUGAGGGCAUGACGAGUCGUCUUAUUGAGCUGGGCGCCGUUGUGCCUGAAAAAGUCAAGGUUAUGAUGACGAGCAGGCCGCUGCCCAAGAUUGAACAGGCUUUUAACAACCGGGGAAUCGUCCGGUUGAAGCUCGACCCAGCCCUGCUUUUCCCAGAUGUGGCACGUUAUGUUGACGCUAGGAUGGCCAAGCUGGAGCCUCCGUUAAGCGACGACAAGAACGAGCUGAUCAAACAGACCAUCUGUGAACGAGCCAACGGACUCUUUCUUCACGCCAGACUUAUUGCGGAUAAUUUAGCCGAAGGCUUACGGGAUGGGCAUAUCACUGAAGAGACUCUGCCUGGCAGCCUGGAUCGUCUUCCACGAACACUUCAAGAGGUGUAUGAAAACAUGUUAAAAGAACAUGCUUAUCGGAGCGGAGUCACAGCGGAGCAACAAGCCAAGGUUCUUACGUGUGUAACACAUGCGAGCCGACCGUUACGAUUGAUUGAGCUUGGAUCUCUGCUCUCUAACAUGCUACACAUAAGCCUCGGACAGGGAAAGGACUUGGUGCGGCGGAGCUGCGGGAGGCUAUUGGAGCUCCUGGAAGAUGAGAGCGUGAGCGUUAUUCACCAUUCGUUCACCGAGUUUUUGCACGAUGCCACGAGAAAGAAAGAUGCUGCUGCUUUCCCUGCCUUGGAUGACAUAGCUUCACAUGAGAUGCUUGCAGUGCUGAUGCUGGAAUAUCUCGACGGCUGUCCGCAUUUCGACGCCACUAUCGAUGACGACAGAGAGGAGGAGGAGGAGGAGGUGAACUACGACGACUAUGAUUGGCGAGGCAAAGAGAGAGAGAGAAGGGAAGAUAUCGCAACCAAAUUGCGAGAGACACAUCCCCUAGUCUCCUACGCUGCUGAAAAUUUGGCAUUUCAUCUUAAAAAUGCAUCAGUGCAGCCGCUGGCUAUUGCUCGAGAAGCUCUGACUCGCUAUUUGAGCCCCGGGAAGCCAGCAUUUGAGACGUGGAUGCUGAUGAAUUGGCGUGACCGACUAUCUGCCUCUUUUACCGUCUUCCACCUCGCUGCUGCUGUUCACCCCGAACUUGCCAUGCCACUGGCGGUAGUCAAGCUGUUUGAGGAGAACGAGCCGACACUUCUUGACGCUCGUGACUCAGAUGGCCGUACUCCAUUAUCCUACGCUGCCGAGAAUGGCCAUGAUGAAAUUGCCCAGUUUCUGCUUGCUAAAGGUGCAGAAGCGGAGUCGGGCGGUAAUGAUGGCCAAACGCCUCUGCACAGGGCGGCAUUGAGUGGUAAUUCGGGAGUUGUUCGACUUUUGUUAGCCGCUGGUGUUGACCCCAUGAUUAAAACACACCCAGUUCUCAGAGAAUACGACAAUUAUGAAGGGUACUUCAUAGAUUAUUCGGAGGAGCAAGCGGAGAGUCGGAGGAAGACUGCUUUGUCCUUUGCCUUCCGAGGCGACAAUCCCGAGGUUGUCCAGGCGUUUUUGCCCUUCAUCCCACCAGACUCUGUGAAUAAAUACUUUCACCAGGUCAAUGAAGUGGAGAAUGUAGAGGCCAUCCUAAACACAGGCAAAGUCGAUAUUGACUGCUUCCAGAACGGGCAAACAAGGCUAUAUAGGGCAACCAAGUCACACAAGCUGGAUUUAGUCAAGCUACUCCUCAAGCAUGGUGCAGACCCGAACAGGAGAUGUUCUCGGAAGCGGUCUUGGGACUACAAUGGCGAAAUCACUCUGCAAGUUGAUAACGAACGAGGACCAACACCUCUUCAUGCGUUUUCUUCUCCAGAUGAUAGGAUCAUCUUUAUGAAGGAUGACGUGAAGGAGGCGGAAGAAUGUGCCCGAGUGCUCAUAGAAGCUGGUGCAGAUGUGAACGCCACAAUGGAACGGGACUAUUCUCGCGGUGGUAAGAAUCUGACACCUCUCCAUCUCGCUGUGCAGAAGACUACCACAACAUUUGGAUACUGGGGUUCAUUGGACAAGUCUGAAGAGAUUCUCGCCAAAGUGCUCCUCGCAGCAGGCGCGGAUCCUAACGCCCGGACGGACAAAGGAAACACACCUAUGCACAUCGCUAACCCAGAGAAGCCCCAGCUACUUGAUAUGCUCGUUGAACAUGGAGCAGAUCUUAACGCCAUGAAUGCGUCGGGAAGAACGCCUUUACUCGAGAUUAUAACCAAUAUGGGCCCUUCUUCGUCCGCUUUUGACCUGUUGAAGCCGGAUGUCCAUACAUUCAACAAGCUCGUGGAUCUCGGGGCUGAUGUAAACGCUACAGACCAAAACGGGGAUAAUUUAUUUCACCACGUUAUGAGUAGCAUUGGGUUCUUUUCCGACAAGGAAUUUUUGCCUCUAGUCAGGCGACUUUUACACUCGGGCGUGGACCUGAAUCAGCGUAAUCGGAAGGGUCAUCCGCCUCUGUGGAAAUAUAAUCUGCCUUCUCCUACGGACAGUGACGAGGAACUUCUCCGUGUGCUUGUGGAAGCGGGCAUGGAUAUGAACGCAUGUGAUGAAGAGAAAGGCGAGACUAUUCUAUGGGUCAUCGGCAGGAGAUUCCAAAAGAACCUCAGCACCAUGCAAAUGUUUAUCCGUCUGGGCGCUGACCCCAAGGUAUCCGCCAAAGAUGGCAGAACUCUAUUGCACGAUGCGGCGAAAGAAAAACAGGACGCCAGUUGGUUUCGCUAUUUGAUCUCGGUAGGCGCAAAGCCAGAGGUGCUCGACUCUAGAGGAGACACGCUCAUUCACUCGAUGCUUCGCUCAACUCCCGAGGAUUAUAAACUUCCUGAGAUAAUGCAAGUUCUGGUCGAGGCUGGUGUUUCACCGCUUGCAAAAAAUAAAAAUGGCCAGACGGCGCUUCAUGUGGUGCAGAGCUUGAAGGCCCUGGAAUAUGUGCUUAAAAGCCCCCUUUUCAAGGGGCUGAAUCUCAAUGAGCAGGAUGUGAACGGCUUUACCCCCUUACACAACGCUAUAGCUUUUGGAGAUACAGCUAUUGGAAGUCUUAUUCGUGCUGGAGCUGAUCCAACUAUCCUCGCGGCGGAUAAUCUCUCUCUGCUGCAUCUUGCCUCUCGUACGGGGGCUUCUUCCAUCGUCAACCUUCUCCUGUCAGAGUACCGCUGUCGAGGUGUGCUUGAGAAAUACGUGAAUCUUUUAGGCGAGGGUAUGGCACCACUGCAUUACGCUUGUUCUUUUGGACGGCCAGAGAGUGUCUGGGAGCUACUCCGCAACGGUGCAGAUCCUUGGCUGUUAGAUGUCGAAGGCCUUACGCCGCUGCAUGCCCUGGCUGAGUUUGAACCUUUCGAAGGUGCAUGGAACUCGCCCCGAACAGGAACUCGCACAGCGGAUAUUGUUGUAAUGUUGCAGCAAGCUGGAGUCGACUUAACCAUCGAGGCAGUCGUUGAAGAAGACGACGGGACAACCAAGACUGUAACUCCCCUGGAUGUGGCGGUAGAGAACAAGUGCUGGGAUAUGGUACGCGCGCUGGUUACACGCGGCGUCAAAGUCCGAGACAGCUACACACAGUCCCCAGAGUUCAUUUCGGCCACAGAUAAAUACAAAGCAGCCCAAAAUGUUCGUAGUAUCUCAGUUACAUUGCCCAGCCGACAGCAUUUUACCAUGUGGCGAGGCCGAUGGGCAGUCUAUGAAAAAGAUCGUCCUAUCAACAGAGAAAAGCUAUACAUAGCUGACGGACAGACCAUAUUGGAUACACAAGCCAGCGGGCCGACUGGACUUGACAAGCUAGACCUCUUGAGGUGUGCUCUUGAUGACGGAGAUUACGACAGUAUCAAGGAGUACGCAUUGCUAGGUGGAGACGUGUUUGUACUGGACGAGUAUAAGGAUAAUACUCUCCUCCAUUUACUCGUUAAGGGGGGAUAUACAGACCUACUCGAGUAUUUCGCCGACCAAGUGCCUCUUUAUGAAGCCCAAGACGGAGUCCAAGCGGACGAUGAAAGUUGCGGCACUCUUCUUGGUACAGUCUGCGAACGGGAACUCCCAUCUUUAAACAUUAUACAGUUCCUCGUUGACAAAAUUGGUGUUGAUGUCAAUGCUGUCUAUAACCGACGAGGAUAUUGUUACAAGUUAAAAAGAGCCACCGCAUUACACAUCCUGGCGAGCGGUCACCACUUUUGGCAGAUUGAGGCACUUGAAUACCUUCUCUCAAAAGGGGCAAACAUCGAAGCGCGAAACAAAGACGGUAUGACACCGCUGUUGGCGGCUCUGGAUCAUAGUUGGCCGGAUGGUUACUGGCGAGAAGAGACGGUUCGCGUACUGGUGAAGCAUGGAGCCAAUGUAAAUGCGACUAUUCAGCCGACGGAAGACGAGUAUGGGCGGCGUAGCCGCAACAGUGGCCUCUCAGCACUGGAGAUAUCGGACCAGGCAGGGAUCACAAGGCUCUUGCUCGAGAACGGAGCAGAUGCAAAGUGUGUUACGGGACUCAUAGCCCGUAUAGUAGCGAGACGGAACGAUCCAGAUACGAUCAAGGUGCUGCUAGAGGCUGGUUUGGAUCCGAACGAACUACCAGCAUCUGGCAAGGAUGGAGAGGACGACAGACAAGGGGCAGAAAAUGUGCGAUAUGCGCUCCACGAGGUAUCUCGACCGUCAACUAGGUCCCAUCCAGAGGCAGAUUUCUAUUCGCGAAACCGGGCAACGAUAGAGUUGCUGCUCUUGCACGGCGCCGAUCCAUUUGCACUGUACCCGGACGGAAGGUCUCUACUCCAUACUGUCGUCGAGGAACAGGGUCAACUAGACAGCUUCCUCCCUCGACUCUCACAAACAGAUGUCAACCGAGAACCAACAUACCGCGAAGAGAAACCACCACUCGCGAGCAUCGUGCCUGAUUCCAUCCUUGGUCUGUUAAAGCACGGGGCUGACGCCCUCGUUGUUGAUGACGAGGGACGUACACCGCUGCAUUGGCUCUGUACGCUUCCCGGUAAAUACGAUAAGAAGCAACGGCAGGCUUUUAUCACGCUGGUUGAACACGGUCCAGCCGCUGUCAACAUGGUCGACAAGCAAGGCCGCAAGCCUCUUCAUUUGGCACUCGCGGUGUAUGGGGAUCGUCUCCAAGAAUCUCUAUUUGCAAUCAAGCACCUCAUAUCCGCAGGCUCUGAUAUAAGUGAACCGGAUCUCGUAACGGGUAACUCGACGCUACACCAGCUCGCACCUCGUCUCGUAGGCCACGCCAGAAGAGCUGCCAAAGCCACCUCACUCUUCCGCAAGUUUUCUGCCAGCCUCGAUAUCAACGCACGGAACGUCUUAGGCGAGACUCCAGUCAUGCGUUUCACAGCUGCUGGAUGGGAAGGCACACGCGACCCCAAGGGAAAAAUCUCACAUCCAAGAUAUGCCAUUGCUAAUGACGUGAUGCACGCGACGGCUCUGGGCGUCUUUGUCGAUUUAGGUGCAGACUUGAUGGCUGUGGACGCACGAGGGCAGACGCUGCUGCAUAUAACGGCGAGGCGGGAGCUUCCGAGUAGUAGCUCGGAUUGGGAUCAGCGUGAGGAUCUGAAGGGUGCAUUUCAGAAGUUGAUGGAGCUUGGUGUUGAUCCGCGGAGAGAGGAUGCUGAGUUGAGGACGGCUAUUGACAUUGCUGUUGCGAGGAAGUUGCGUGAUGUUAUACAGUUGUUCAGGGAGAAGAAGGAGGAGAAGAAUGUGGAAGAGAGCGAUGGUUAG